AUGCAUAUCCCUCAACCAGAUGAUAACUCAGAGAGACCAUACGAUGAGGUCGUCACGCUCAUAGUCGACUAUGUCUACGACUAUGAAGAUAUUUCAGAGGCAGCUUUGGCUCGAGCCAAGUUGGCUCUCAUUGACUCCCUGGGCGUUGCCAUCGAAAGCCUUACCAAGAGUAAAGAAUGUGCCGCUCUGGUGAAGCCAAUCCUGCCGGGGGCAGUCUCGGUCGUUGGUGGUUUCCGACUUCCAGGCACGACAUACUCCUUGGAUCUUUUGCAAGGGGCUUUCGACAUGGGGGCAAUGAUUCGCUACCUCGACCACAAUGAUGCAUUUGCCGGUGCAGAGUGGGGGCACCCCUCUGACAAUCUAGGGGCGAUUAUUGCCACUGCGGAUGUUUUGACGAGAGAGGCACUAGCGCAGGGCAAAAGCGAUAGUGUCAUCACAAUCAAGCAAGUCUUGAUCAGUUUGAUCAAGGCGUACGAGAUUCAGGGCGUAUUCCAAAUCAAAAAUGCAUUCAACCGCGUCGGACUUGAUCAUACCAUUCUAGUCAAGGUCGGAUCGACUGCUGUUGUGUCCUGGAUGAUGGGCCUGAGCCGCGAACAAGCGCGCUCGGCAGUAUCCCAUGCCUGGGUCGAUGGCCAUCCGCUGCGCAUCUUUCGUCAGGCUCCCAACGCAGGCCCACGCAAGGGAUGGGCGGCGGGCGACGCAUGUAUGCGCGCAGUGCAUCUGGCAGCCCUGGCGCGAGCGGGCCAGCCGGGAAUCCGGACCUCCUUGACCGCGCCACGAUGGGGAUUCUAUGAGGUGCUCAACAAGGGACAGCACUUUCAGCUGCCCAAGGGAUUCGGCACAUGGGUCAUUGAAAAUUCCGUCUUCAAGGUCUUGACUGCCGAAGGACACGGCCUGACCGCGGUGGAAGCGACUAUGGCAGCCAGCAAGGAGCUGCAGGCGCGUGGCCUUGACCCCAUUCAGGACAUCAAGAGCAUUCGUGUACGAACUCAAGAGCCAGCCAUGAUCAUCAUAAACAAGAAAGGCCCUCUCAACAACCCAGCUGAUAGGGAUCACUGCUUGAGGUACAUGAUGGCUGUCGUAUUGCUGAAGAAUGGGGUCGAGGUUGAGACUGAGGACUAUCAGGAUGACAGCCCUUGGGCUACGGAUGCUCGAGUGGAGAAGUUGCGAUCCAUUAUCAGUAUGGAGGAAGAUGUCCAAUUCACACGGGACUACCAUAAUCCCGAUAUACGCAGUGUAGGCAGCUCCAUGGAGUUCUUGCUUCAGGACGGCACAACGAUUGUAACACGGCAAGAUUUCCCAUUGGGCCAUCCCGCCCGUGGCGAUGAGACCAUUCCUCUUGUGCGGCAGAAGGCAGUUCGCAACUUGGCUCUGGGUUUCUCUCAGGAUCAAGUCGAUGGUAUUAUGGCAACUCUUGAUCAAGCAGAUUUCGAGUCACUUCCUGCAAGCACGUUCAUAGACUUAUUUCAAAAGUGA